AUGUCUUUCAUUCGUCAUGUCAUGUGCCUGGCGGCGAGUCUACCCAUCGCCUUCCUCAGCAAGUCGCCGGUCUUCAGGGCGAUUGCUCUUCUAUGCGCCAUGACUACCUUCUACUCUUUCCCUAUGACGCCAAAAACGGCUCAAGUCAUUUGCACGCUCAGCUUUGUGCUAAGUACUACGUUAUACUACAUAAAUGGAGGUAUUCCCCAAAAUCAGGAAGAUAACGAUAUAUUCACUCUACUCUUUAUUCUUUCCUUCAGCAGCCACAAAUUGACUCCCGAGGAGAGCAUGCAGAUGCAACGUCCGAAGGACAUUUUUCUUCGUUGCGUAGAGAAGAGUCCACUUUCACUAGUAAAUUACUUCUAUACAGUUAUCGUCACUGGCAACUCUCUCACAUCGGGGCUUAAGCCAGGAGCAUGCUUUUUCGUCUUUCUUUGGCCUUGGGUAGUUACGCCUUCUAUAGCUCUUUAUCAAUCGUGGUGGAGACAGAGAGACGACGCAAGCGUGUGA